GGAGGAAGGAGGACGCGUGCGGCCUGCUGGACCUGGCGGAGUACACCAAGAACCGGCCCUGGUGGCGCAAGGUCUUCGCGCCCAGCUCGGGGUCGAGCGCCGAGAAGUACAACGUGGCCACGCAGCUGGUGAUCGGAGGCGUCACGGGAUGGUGCACUGGAUUCAUCUUCCAGAAAGUCGGGAAGCUGGCGGCAACGGCCGUGGGAGGCGGCUUUUUCCUGCUCCAGGUCGCGAACCACACGGGAUACAUCAAGGUGGACUGGAAGCUGGUAGAACGGGACGUGAACAAAGCCAAGCAGCAGCUGAAAUUUCACGGCAGUGGUAACAAAAUGUCUCCAGAAGUGAAAAGCAAAGUGGAUGAGGUGAUCACGUUCCUGAAGAAGAAUGUUAUCCUGACUGGAGGCUUUGCUGGAGGAUUUCUGCUUGGAAUGGCGUCGUAGGAACUGCACUCGGCCCUCGUUUCUUGCCCGGCCUCUAUGUCCUCUCCUUCGUGUUCCCUCUCACUUAGAAAUCAGUGGCUGUUGCCAGCAGGCUCAAUCGCUUCUGCUCCCAGGUUCCAACCUGUACUUUUUACAAUGCUGCUCUGAUUUCCAGCUUACUCCUCUGGGCUGUUUGGGUGCUGGGGUUGGUCUGAAGCUCAAGACCCCCAGGAUAUCAGUUUGAUUCCUGUCCACACCCAAUAUGCCCAGAUUUUGGUAAGUUGCAGCCUGAUAGAUAUAUAGGGGCAGAGAACUCUCUAAACAAGCUUCUUCACGGGUGC